ACGCUUGAAAACUACCUAUCAACGUGUUUUGCAUCACAAUGCCUUCAAAUGAGAAAAUGGUUAUUUCAAAACACGCACACUGAAAACAGAGUGGGAAAUUGACAGGAAGGCUUUGGAAACAGGCACAUCAGUGCAAAUUAUUCCCAUGAUAUUUACUUGUUACAUUUCUGUAACACCAAAUAGAAACGCAAAACCCAGUUGCAAUGCUAUCUUCUGAAAAUCACAUGGCGUAUGGCGAUCUAAGAAUAACAUGUUUGUAGAUUACAGUCCGAUAAUGAGAGGGUAGUGUGAUUUUUAAAUGAAUUUACGAGGAUACGAUUGAUCCAAUAGUACAAGGCAUGAGAUGCAUUGACAGGGAAGACGGCGCUUUUUAUUUCCAGCACGCAUGUUUUAAAGGGAAUUUCACUUUUUUUUUAGGUUUGGAAACUCGGCUUGAAAUUUUAAUCCAGCCUCUUCUUGCAGGGGUUGUUGGUAAUGUUUUAAAAUAAGCGUCUGUGAAGAUUGUUGAUUGGGUUUUAUUUUUGGAUCGGAGGGAGAUCUGAUAGCCUUGUUAGGUAUGUUAUAACAUUCCGGUUGUGUGGAGAAGUGGGGGGUCAGGUCAGACAACUCAGCUGCCUCUCGUUCCCCCAAUGACGUCUGGCUGUUCGGUGGGGGGGAAGAGGCGAAGCUGGUUCGGAUACCUGGUGCAAGGGAGCACCGAUUUCCCCCUUUCUCUUCCACCUUCACCACUUGGGGGGAGAUUCAUUCGUUCAAAAACAGAAGUAUAUAGUAAACCCCCCCCCUCUUUCUGAUUCUGUGCUGCGACAAGCGUUUCAUGCAUGAGUGGAGGAAGAUUUGAUUUCGACGAUGGAGGGGCGUACUGUGGAGGAUGGGAAGGCGGCAAGGCGCACGGCCACGGUAUCUGCACCGGCCCCAAGGGCCAGGGCGAGUACUCGGGCUCCUGGAACUACGGCUUCGAGGUGGUCGGCGUCUACACCUGGCCCAGCGGCAACACCUACGGCGGCUACUGGUCUCAGGGCAAGAGGCACGGCCUGGGCUUGGAGACCAAGGGGCGCUGGGUUUACAGGGGCGAGUGGACGCACGGCUUCAAGGGCAGGUAUGGGGUCAGGCAGAGCCAAGCGAGCGGCGCCAGGUACGAGGGCACCUGGAACAACGGCCUCCAGGACGGCUACGGAACCGAGAAGUACGCGGAUGGAGGUACGUACCAGGGCCAGUUCACGGGAGGGAUGCGCCACGGUUAUGGAGUGCGCCAGAGCGUUCCUUACGGGAUGGCCACCAUGAUCCGCUCGCCGCUGCGGACGUCGCUCACGUCGCUGCGGAGCGAGCACAGCAACGGCGCCGUGCUCCAGCACGAGCCUCCCGCCGACUCACUGGCGCUCGGUGCGCCCGCCCGCCCGGGACCUGGGCCUAGCCGCGGCGGCUUCGCCCUCAGCCUGCACAGCGCCGGCGACGCGGCCCAGCACAAGGCCAAGCGCCGGGGCCUCUUCCGCCGCGCCUCGCUGCUCGGCAAGCUGAGGAAGAGCGAGUCCAAGAGCUCGCUGGCCAGCCAGCGCAGCAAGCUGAGCUUCCUCAAGAGCGACGCCGGCCUCAGCUCAGCCGCCAGCGACGCCAACUCCACCAUCAGCCUGGGCGAGGGCGGCGGCGGCGGGGGAGGAGGAGGAGGAGGCGUCGACGACUUCCCGCCCGUCGAGGCCGACAUCGACGCCACCACCACCGAGAGCUACAUGGGCGAGUGGAAGAGCGACAAGCGCUCGGGUUACGGCGUGAGCGAGAGGUCGAGCGGCCUCAAGUACGAGGGCGAGUGGCUCGACAACCUGCGCCACGGCUACGGCUGCACCACCUUCCCCGACAGCCGCAAGGAGGAGGGCAAGUACAAGAACAACGUGCUGGUCAAGGGCAAGAAGAAGCACCUGAUCCCCCUCAGGACCAACAAGCUGCGGGAAAAGGUGGAGAGGAGCGUGGAAGGAGCGCAGAGGGCGGCGGCCAUAGCCAGGCAGAAGUCGGAGAUCGCGUUGUCCAGGUCUUCACAUGCUAAAACAAAGGCUGAGGCAGCAGAUCAUGCUUCCCAUGCAGCAAGCAAUGAAUCCAGUAUUGCACGGGCCAUCGCCAGGGAGCUUUCUCCAACAUUUUACCAACCAGGUCCAGAAUAUCAAAAACGAAAACUGCUGCAGGAACUGAUAGAUAAUGGGGAUCAUGUGGAAAACACUGACCAAGAACCCCCAUCAAUAGAGGAACCUCCACCUACCCCACCAGAGAGCCCUGGCCUCCAUGGGACAGCCACAACUCCAUUCGAGUCAUCUCCUGCUGUCACUCCUUCACCGAGCCCUGUGGAGACACCACCAGAAGUACGAAAGAUUAGAGACUCAAAUCUUAAAAUGGAGGACCCCAGCUACUUGAGUCCAGGCAACUGGAAUGGGGAGCAAUCUAAAAACAAAAGCACAAGCAGCCGAUCCAGCGGUCAUCCUGGAGCACCUUCCGAUUUGUUGACUGUCCAGAUUGAGAACAGGUCAACCGCCAGCAGCCGAAAUGUUUCAAGGAGCUCUAGUCAACAAAGUAACAGAAGGACACUGACAAAAAUGGAGGAACAAUUGCAAAAUAACUGUGAUUUAGACAUAAAGCCUUUGGAAAGGAUUGAAAAUAAGCCUCACACAAAUCUAAAGAGCAAACCAAGAGAACUUAUCCCACCCAGUCGUCAGACUGAUUUUCAGUUCCAUGAAAGUUAUCACAGCUAUGCUGUGCAGCCGCAAGUAGGUCCCCCUCCUUUGGAUUUAUUGGAUGAUGUAGAUCCCGUCCCGUCCUUGUCCUUCAAGAAAGAAGCAAUCCCAGCAAAACCAUCAGUACAAGAGCCAAAAUCAGAGGUCAAAGUAAAAAAAGUACAACCAGAACCUGAACCAAAGCCAGCACCUCGGGUGCAUGAAGCUGCACCACGUCCCAAACAGGAGAAACAGCUGCAACCCCAGCCAGAACCCAGACCUCAGCCCAAGCCAGAAACCAAACCUGCACCAAAACCAGUGUCCAAACCGGUAUCUAAAUCAGUAACACCGCCUGAAAUGGAAGGAAAGGAGGUGGCACCAUUUGAUCAGGGACCUAAUACCGCUAUGAUUGCCAUGGUCAUUUUGUUGAAUAUUGGCCUUGCCAUCUUGUUUGUGCAUUUCCUCACAUGAUUUGUUUCUGAGUCAUCGCAGAAGCCUGUGUACUCCGUCUCGUUGAGAAGAAGGAAGGUGAUUUUUGGAAAAUUGUACCUCCUGCAAGACUUGACACUCAGGCACUGCAGAAACUGAUUACAAUGGCCCUUCUUAAAGGAAUCCUGAUCUGUUUUUCAUCACCAGUUUGUGCCCUACAGUUUUGCAAAUGAGAUACAUUGGGAGACAUACAUCUGAGCGGAAUGUAUUUGUAGAAACUAACAGCUGCCUUACCUUUUGCCUGUGUUUAUAUUAUACAGUACUAGCUGCCAAGGAUUGUGCUCGAGAGCUUGAAUUAUUCUAUUGUACAAAUGGAUUUGGGGACUCGGGUUGGGGAGGGUGGAUUGGGGGUGGGGAGGGGGGGGGGGGGGGGGAAGAAGAGAGAGAAUAACUGAUUCUUAUGGUUCUAUUUCAUUUAAAAAAAGAGUUAGUUCAGGGAGAUCUUGCAAAUGUAUUUUUGUAGCUUGACUUUUUUGGUUAAAAUAAGUAAAGCAAAAUGAUUUUGGAUAUUAAUAUACUUAUUUAACAAACUUAACUGAAAGAUUUAGGGCUAUGUUUUCCUCUGUUCACUAUUUCUGGUUUUUAAAAAAGAAAAGUAAAUUGGUUUCCCUAGUUUAAACUCUUUUACUACUAGAAAAAAGACCUUCAGUUGACAAUACUCCCUUUAGAGAUCGGCUUUUGAAAAAGGAUACAAGGAUGCCGUGCACUGCAUUCACAGGGCUUUUUAUAUGUUAAGGGAAAUGUUGGUCUACUGUGAAUUUUUAAUUAUUUUUUCUCACUAUAUUACCAUUCUAAUCAGAUGAGUAAGAGAACAGUGAUUCAUGUUAGCUGCAUGUUUUAACAGUGAGUUGUUUUUUAAAAAAAAUCACAAUUUUAAACUAAUUAUACAGUCCUGCCAAACACAGCAUGCAAUUUUUGAAUAACACUAUAAUAAACUAAGGAGAAUGCACAGAUUUGUUCUUUAACAUCAUUAUGCUUUUGGAUUUAAGUUGAUUUAAAAACUUAUGGCGACCAAAACUACUUUGCAACAAACUUAACACUUCACAUUUUGAAUGCCACGUUAGUUAGAAAUUGUGUACCUUUUGUUUGUAGUCAUAUAUUUUUGAGAAUUAUUUUUGGCACUUUGAGAAGUUGUAUAUCUUUUAAGUUACAAAUCACAAAUUUGAAAAAAUGGCCUCACAGUAUUUCUGCCAGUAUAUUCGAAGUGGGAAAAAUCAGAUUGAACCAGAAAUUUCACAAUACUCGCUAAUUAAUUGCUUGCGGAAUAGUACUUUUCUUAUUUUGUGCCAAGACAUAAAAUGUUACUAGCUGUUCAGCUUCCUUUUCUCUGCAUGUGCGCACUUUGUAGAAUGAGCAUAGAUGGCAAAAUGUGACAAGGUAUAUAUGCUUUUGUGUGGAUAUACAUUCAGGUCUGUUUUUUGCUUUGUAAGAUUUAUAUAUAAAAGUAUAAAAUUACCUCAGAGACGCAUGCUUCUUCAAGAUAUUUGGUAUUUUCAGGUCUUACUAUAUAAUAUAAAUAAUUUCACCAGCCAUGCUGAUCGUCUAUCUUCCAGAUAUUUAUUCAUUUCUAUAUAAAUGUUAUUAAAUACUGUCUUGUUAGGUAUUUCUACAUGGGAAAAAAUUGUGGAAUGUGCUCAUGUAAAUCAGAAUGUAUUUAUAAUUUGCGGCUUAUAAUGGUUAAGAAAAAAUCCUUCAGAAAUUGAAUAUCCAAGGCAUUCUUGUGAGACUGUUUUCUGUCACUGCCGUACGAUGUAAUUUUUAAUUGAAGUGAAAUUAGUUAAUUGAUCCAUGAGGCAUUUAUAGCUUUGAUAUUACAAACCUAGAAAAGAUUAGUGCCUUAAACUGAUAUUUCCUAACGUCAAAUAUUUAAGACAGUAAACUUUCAUUUAAAAUAGCCAUUUUAAAACAUCAGUCUAUUUUGAAUGAAAUACAUUAAAAUCUUAUGACAUUUGUCCUAGACCAGCUGUUCUUAUGACAACUUGUACUAUCCAGAAAAGGUUAAAUUAUAAUGAUCUCCAAGAACUUUGCAUUCUCCAAAGAUAAAGUAGUAAGGAUGAUUUGAAAUUCUGCGGCUAUUGAAAUUGGAAACUGUUUGCCAAUCUCAACCCAUCUCAAACCUUCAGUUUCUCCAUUCCCUCUCUCCACCACACUCCACAUUUUUUUUGUUUCUUACCUUUAUUGACUCUGAUUUUAAGCACUAAAAUUGAAACAGAGUCAUUGUUAUAAUGGCCUUGAGGAACUUGGCAUACUCCAUAGCUCUGCUUUGUCCGGUUCUUUCUAGAAUGUUUCUUUUGACAAGUUGAUGCAAAUAGGAUGAUUUGAAAUUCUGUUGCUGUUGAGAUAGGACAUUGUGCCAUAAUCAUCUGUCAUAAUUGAGGAAUUUUAAAUUAGAUGGGACUAAUAUUAACUAACUGGACCUUCCAUUAAUGAGGCGAUAAUAAGUGCAUUGUUUUACAGACCAUUGAUUUGUUUACUACAGUUUUUUUAAAUGGCUUUUUGUCACCAAAGCACCUCUCGGUUCCUGGUGAUGAACCUUUAUUAUACAAAUCAGGAUUUAAUUAUAUGUUAGGUAUCCAAUUGCAGUUUUAAGAACCUUGUGGCUGAAUCAUUCAUUGUCUACAGUUCAAUCAUUAGUCUCCUUAAUUUACGACUGUGUACGGUGAUCACUGACAAUGGCAGCUGCUCUAGUUUAUUCCAAGUUAAUUCCAUAUGUUAUUUGUGCCUGGUGGAAUAAUAGUACUGUUCACUGGUGAUAUUGUCUUGGACUUCUCACCUCUCCACCCCACCCCCCACCCCCAUCACACCACCCAAGAGCUGCUGCUUUGUUUCUUGGUGUCAAAUACGCCUCUGCCCCACCUCCUCCUCCCACAGCAAGAAGAUGGUCAAGGUGUGUAGAGGCGGUUGUAUUCUGCUGGACAAUUCAAAUAGUUUUCUUGUCCAGAAGUAGUCAUUCACUUCUUGCAAAGAUCUUACUCAACUUGUACCUGUAUUUUAACACUAACCUUUUAAAAAAACAAAAAAAACAAUUGAUUUUCCACACCAACCAAAGUUGAAAAUUACUUUUGUAAUUGUCACUCAGGAUCAAGUUGUGUAGCUCUUUGCCAAACUAUCCUAUAAAUGUUUCAAUGACU